AUGCGCAUGAAAGAAGGGCAAAAGUAUGCGGAAUGGUUAGCGGAUUUGCGUGGUGCCGCUAGAGACUGUAAUUUUGUAUGUGAAAAGACAACGUGUAAAGAACCAUUCGUUGACAAUUUAUUACGGGAUAUUAUAGUUCUCCAUACACCACAUGAUGUAGUUCGAUCAGCUGCUUUACAAAAACCUAACCCAACUUUGGCAGACGUAUAUGCUAUAGCUGAAACGUAUGAAUCUACCCAAAAAUCGGUGCUCGCUAUUAAAGGAGAUUCUUCGUGUCAAGUUCAUCAAUUCCAGCUUGAUACCGGAGCAACGUGUUCCAUGAUUGGUCUCAAAGCAUAUAGGCAGCUAGGUGAACCUGAAUUAAAACAUACAAACCAAAUUUUAAAAGCGUAUGGAAACCAACUUGUCCCUAUUAAAGGAGCUACCUGUGUGAGCGUUAGCUGGAAAAAUAAUGUCCACAAGUUGCCGUUGAUAGUAACCGAUAUGGAGGAAGGUUCAAGUAUCAUGGGAAUGGAUUGGUUUCAAACACUAAAAUUUUCGAUAAGCUGUUGCAAUAUGAUUGAGGAACCAUCUACGUUGCUGGCUGCUGCUCCAAAUGCUAACUUGGAUAAAAUGGUAAGAGAUGUGUGUUCACGAUUUCCUGAGGUUUUUUCCCCAGAGCUAGGUUGCUGUAAGGAUUUUAAAGCUAAAUUGUUUCUGAAGCCAGGAGCCCGUCCAAAGUUUUGCAAACCACGUCCCCUUCCUUUUGCCUUAAUGGAGCCCGUAAAGGCUGAGCUUGAUCGUCUUGUUAAAGCUGGCGUAUUGAUGCCUGUAGAUUUCAGUGAAUGGGCAGCACCCAUUGUUGUAGUGCAAAAACAGUCAGGCAGCCUCCGAAUUUGCGGAGAUUUCAAGAUAGGUGUGAAUCCUCAGCUGGAUGUAGCUAGACAUCCAAUGCCGCGUUUUGAAGAAAUAUGCCAUAAGUUGAAAGGGGGCCAGCAUUUCACUAUAAUUGACCUUUCUGAAGCGUACUUUCAGGUUGCCGUUCACGAUGAUUCAAAGCCUAUACUGGUUAUAAAUACGCCUUUUGGACUGCUACGUUUUGAGAGGUUACCACCAGGAGUUGCUAGUGCACCAGGAAUUUUCCAGAGCCUAAUCGAACAAGUAAUAGGAGGAAUGGAUCAUUGUGCAGCAUUUGUUGAUGACUUGAUUGUCACUGGUCGCAAUCCAACUGAGCAUUGCCAAAAUUUGGAGGAGCUUUUACACCGUUUUUCUGCCAAUGGAUUACGCUGCAACAUUACGAAAUGUAAGUUUGCCCAAUCUAGUGUUAGGUACUUAGGACACCAAAUAGAUUCUGAAGGAGAUUUUUCUUCAAAAUCUGCUCCGCUUAAUGAGCUUCGAAAGAAAUCAGUACCUUUUAUAUGGACAGAACGACAACAAAAUGCAUUUCAAAGCCUGAAACGCAGUAUUGUGGACGCAACCAAGCUAGUGCACUUUAGAGAUGACUACCCGCUUAUACUAGCAUGUGAUGCUUCGUCUUAUGGUAUAGGUGCCGUUUUGCUGCAUAGGUAUCCUGAUAGAACCGAGCGUCCGAUUGCUCACGCCUCUAAAACCCUCAAUGAUGCUCAGAAAAAAUACAGCCAGGUGGAAAAAGAAGCGCUAUCAAUUAUCUUUGGUGUUCAAAAAUUUCACCAAUAUGUUUAUGGCAGGCGCUUUGAACUAAUAACUGACCAUAAGCCACUUUUAAGUCUUUUUCAUCCACAGAAACAGCUUCCAGUGAUGACUGCUCAUAGGCUUCAGAGAUGGGCCAUCAUACUUAUGGUAUACGAAUAUUCAAUCAGGUAUAAGCCAACGCUUGCACAUGGUAAUGCAGAUGCGCUCUCACGUUUACCUGCUGGCUCUGAUCAGAUGUUUGAUAAUUCAGAGGCAUGUCUGGAAGCAACGCUGGAGCUGGAUGAAGAUAUUUCAAAUUUUCCGUUAAAUGCUAAGCUUAUUGCAAAAAUGACACUAAAGGAUCCAGUUCUUAAAAAGAUUCUAGAAUUUGUUGAAACAGGUUGGCCAGAAACCUCAAAAAGCUUGGAGCCUUCUCUGAAGCCAUACUUUGCUCGGAGGUUUGCUCUUACGUUUCACAAUGGAGUUCUUGUUUAUCAAACAAAUCAUAUCAGAGUUGUUAUACCUUCUUGUUUGCAGGACCGAGUUUUCAAACUAUUACAUGCAGGACAUUGGGGAGUUGUGAGGACCAAGCAACUUUCACGCCUUCAUUGCUGGUGGCCAGCCUUGGAUGAGUACAUUGAGAGGAGCAUAAGCCAAUAUGCCCUGAGUAACUUUCCGUAUGUUGUGGAAAUGGGGUCAACGACAUCUGAGGCAACAAUAAAAGCUCUUCAAAAUAUAUUCGCUAUCGAAGAGUUUUGCCAUGAAUUGGGUAUCGUUCACAUUAAAACUGCGCCAUUUCAUCCAGCUUCAAAUGGUGAAGCCGAGAGAAUGGUGCGGACGUUUAAAACUGCUAUACAAAAACAAAUUUCUGAAGGUGUCAAUGAAAGAGAUGCUUUAUUAACUUUUUUGACUUCUUACAGAUCAACACCAAAUGUCACAGGCAAGUCACCAUCUGAGCUUUUACAUGGUCGACCAAUGUGUUCCUUGCUUUCUCAACUGAAGCCGAUGUCAAAGCCUGAUAUCAAAACAGUUUCUGCAAAGUUCCACCCAGAGCAGCAAGUAUUUAUCCGUAAUUACGCCCGAGGCCCGAAGUGGAUUACAGGUGUUGUUCAAACUAAGAUCGGGAGGAAGAUGUAUCAGGUGAAAACGUCAAAAGGCACUGUACGUCGACAUCAGAACCAAAUGCGUGGUGUGUUAUCUUCAAAAGAAUUCGAUGCCGGCCAACGUCUAAUUGACAACACUAGAACGACAAGUCCGCAGUUGGAAGUUGAUAACCGACCUUCUACAUCAGUGCCUCCUCAAA